AUGGACAAUAAUCAUUUACGUGGAAUUAUAUUGAAACUUCAAGAUUGUCUAAGUGAUAAUGAUCGACAACGUUUACAUUUUUUUCUUGGUGACGAUGUUCCACGACCAAUUAGAGAUGACCCAACGCUCAAUGGUACUCUCAGAUUGAUGGAAUCACUUUUUGAUCAAGAUAAGAUCAACGAACGAGAUGUCACAUUUUUAAUCAAAGCCUUUCAUGCAAUUCAAUGUAUUGAUGCUGUCAAAAUUCUGAAUGAACACAUGAAACAGAUUCAAUCAAACAGGUUACAUCGAUCAACACAGAGUUUAUCAUCGAUAAUGCCAUCAUUGAUUGAUCAAGUUAUUUUAGAUCAAGAAGAUAGAAAUUCAACUCAAACCUUUUUUCUGAGCCAGACGAACAGUUGCAGUAAAAACAACAAGAUUAUCAAUAGUAACAAUACAAAUAUAAAUCCGCUGACGAUCACUAUCGACAAUAAGAAAAUAUUAUCGGCACAAUCCAAACGAAAUCAAUUAUUUUAUAUGUCAUUCAUUACAAAUAAAUGUUUUUUUUUAAUCGUUCUAUUAUUAAUGAUUGCAGUUGGAAUAUUAGCAUGUGCUUUCUUUAUUAAAAUCAAAGAAAUCAAAGAACUGAAUCAUUCUGUUAAAAAAAUGAAUGGUACUAUUUCCGAAGAACGCAUAAUUAAUAAUCAAACUAUUCUAAAAUUGAAACAUGUUGAAUUCGAAAACAACCAGUUGAACAAGCAAAUAACACUAAUGAAGAAACAGAAAAGUAAAAUAAAUACACUCAUUUCUUAA